UUUGGAAUGCAAAAAGACAACAAUGAGAGGGAUAUCUACAUGACUGCAGAGUGUCAGGGACCUGAGUGCAAUAAGGAAAGAAGAAUGGGAGUUGUUAGGCGUUGUGUCAGCAUGGAAACUAAAAGCUGCCUGCUUGUGAUCCUGCUCUUCUUGUGUGGUGCUCUACUGAUCGUCAUUAUCUUCCUUGCAGUGUAUUCUUUAAGUACUUUUAAAGAAAAAGACUUUUGGACACAAUAUUUACAGCUUGAAACAAACUUUUCAGAACUUCAUAUGCAGUAUAGCAUCCUGAAAGAAAACCACACAGAGCUGCAUGUAAAGUAUGCAGCCCUAGAUACUUACUGUCCUGUGUGGAACAGAACCACUCGAGAAAGGAUUUGCUCUUAUUGCCCAGUAAACUGGCUGCUGUUUAACUUUAAGUGCUACUUCAUCUCCAAUGAUGAAAUGAAUUGGUGGGAUAGUCAGAACAACUGCAGGUCACUUGAUGGGCAUUUGGUGAUUAUAGAGAGUGAAGAGGAGCAGAAAUUCUUAGUAAACAAGACAAGAACUAGUGGGCAUACCGAUAGCUACUACUGGAUUGGACUUUCUGAUCAAGUGACAGAAGGUGACUUUCUCUGGGUGGAUGGCACACCACUGUACAUUAAUUUAAGCUUUUGGGGCCAAAUGGAGCCAGAUAACUGGAAAUACAAUGAUAACCACCCUGCUGGAGAGGACUGUGUAGAGAUGCAGAUUAACAGAAAAUACUAUGGCUGGCAUGACUCUCUCUGUCAUGUUCAGAAGAAAAGGAUCUGUGAAAGAGAAGGACAGCCAGUUCAUGAGUAAACUGUGGUUUUAAACUGUACACGAGGUCUCAGAAAAUGGAUAGAAUGUUAUGUUAACUUUUCACUUUCUAGUAUCUGUCUACUCUCUGCAACAUAAAGAAGUUGUAUCCACAAUACAUCAUCAUUCAUCUUGGUCAUGUGCUAAUUUCCAUGAUGUGUGCAGCCACGGUUCAACCAUUUCCAAAUCCUUCUCAGACUUUAUUGUCCAGUUGAUUCUAGACUGAACUCAAGGCUUCUUCUGGGGAUUUUUCUAAAGACUAACUUCGAUGUGAUCUAAGAACUGCAGUCAUUAUUUGCAUACAGGAACUGAAACAGGAAAACUGGCUGUCUGGCUUUAGAUUUCUGCACUUCGUAUGAGACACAAACAGUUCUUUGGAGGCACCAUAUGUUAAAUUAAUACUCUUGUUUAGGAUUUCCAUUAUAUAUGAUAUUUAGCCUAAAAGCAAGUCAGGCAUUACACAUGGACUAUACAAUUGUAACUUUGUGUCAAGUCUGAUUAAACCUUGGCAAUCUUGAUAUACUCACACACACAGAUCCCACCACCAUGCCAUUUCUGACUGUCUAGUACUGAUUACCACAUUCUGUCUUUCUAGUAUAGUGAAGACAUUCAUGACUAAUAUAUUAUCAAGUGAUGCAGUUACCAUCGUUUGGUCUGUACAUGUGUACAUGUUCAUCUGCAGCUUUGUCUUUAAACCAGUUUAUUUCCACAUAUAACUUUAGGGGUAUCUUUAUUUCUAGUGGUACUCUUCCCUCAUUACUUAGAAUGACAGAGAUAAAUAAUCUAACAUAUCUCCAAAAGCCAACAUCACUUCCAAAUCCAGGCCUGUGCCAAUUACCCCACCAAUGUGGCAUUUGUCUUUCCUCUGUAAAUGAUAUAGGGCCUCAUGUAUAAAUGGUGCGCACACACAAAAAUGUUGUGUAUGUCCGUAUCAA